AGGUAUGCAAUCAUUUGCAAGAAGACGAGAGGCACGCGUUAGAUUCCGUAGCUCCUCUGCUUAUGCACACGCAGUCAUGCAAUAUGCAUGUCUGCUCUUUACAGGGGAAAAUUCUGCCUCAUCUACUGCUGCGAUGUGUUUCCAGCUGAGCUGCUGAUGCGGUGGCUGCUUUAAGAAGAAGGGCACCGCAUCGGUGGUAAAUUACAGCCAAUAGCAAGUAUUGAUCUGUAGCAGUGGUUAGUUUGGACACAGUCAGCCUGUUGGCUCAUCAGCCUGGUUGUGAACCUCUAUUUUAUUCUCUUCCGUUUUCCUCUCUUCGCUAUUAAACAAGACACAGCAGCAAGGUUCCUAUGCAACUAGACGCGAUGCGGUGCUGUGGCUGAUGAGUCAGACGCAGCACAAGAGCGGUGGAAACAGUCAAACUGGACGUGAGAUCGGUGCGGCGGCAGAGUGUAGGACAGUGGGGGCUGUUUAAAGGAGGUGGGGUCUGUCCCAUGCGCCGCUGUCUGAUGGAGAGAAGAGGGGCACAGCUCGGUGGGUAUGAAAGGACACGGAGCGCCACGCACAGAGUGACUGCAGGCAUGCAGCAGCACAGAGCGGCAUAUAUGUUUAACGAGGCUGCAGCAGAGUUGGGAAUUGAUGAGGUAUUUUAGACACGAUGUGCGAGACCUGAGGUUAAAGAUCCGUCAAGCAUGUGAUUGGACAACAGCCUCCCAAAGCUGCAGCAUGUGACUCGGAGAGCAGAGUUUACGGAGCCUCGCCAUGGCAUCUUUGUGGAAUCUUUAUCUUCUUCUCCCCGUCUCCUUGCCGCUCUCACUUCACGCAUUGGCAUUAACUGGGAAAAACGUCGAGGAGACGCAGCAGCUGGACGCAGACACAGCGGUGCAGCACCUCAGUCAGCCCUCACGGACCCCCCACGGAUCUGGUUUAGCGGCUGAGAAUUCCACGUCGGGACCCCAGAGCGCUGACUUGCUCCGUCUGCGUCUGGGUUGGCCUUUGUCAUCAUCUGAGGAUGUAGACAGACAAGGAGUGCUCGGUGAAUAUGGUGAUUUAGAAGACGUUGCCUCCAAGGAGAGGACGCGACCAUUGGCGUCUUCAUCAGCUGGGGAACCUCAAACUAGGACCAAGCAUGAGCCAGCGGUCCUGUAUUCCACACAGGCUGAGGAGAAGCAGCCGCUCUUUUCAGGCUCUUGGGACGAGUCAAGUGACAGCUCCUCACCUUUUCUUCUCUCUGGCCCACUUCCCUCAAAUGGUCCAAACCAGAACUCCACGUCACCUCUGCUUGUUGGACUUUGGCCCAGGAGGAGCACAUCUCCACCAGUAGCCGCUGGUAGGAGGGAAUGGGCCCCAGGCCCUUCAGCAGGCUCACCAGGAGCGAGGCAGGAGGGGACUGUCCCAGCGACAGAGACGGGAGAUGGAGCUGUCACCAUGGAGACAGAAAAAGACGACUCCAUCAGCAAUGGCUUGCAUGUCUCAAACACCAGUGGCAAGUGGCCUGAUGCUAACAUGGCCACAUCUACCACACCCUGCAAAACGGCGAACCAGACCUGGCCACCCACGGAUGCGGCAGAUCUGACUCCCAGUGACUCCUCUCUCAGCCACGUUCUCUUUGUCCCCCUGUAUUCAGAUUGGAACUCUGCACUGGCCACGUGGGGGUUUGCAUGGGAGGCGCACAUCUAUGGCUUGGGGUCUAUCUUCAGUGUAUUUGGUCUGAUCUCGGUGGUCUGCCUAUUGGGCCUGCCCCUGCGCUGUCCUCCAGGUAUUCCCUACUUCUCCCUGCUGCACUUGUUCCUCUUGGCGUUUGCAGGAAUCCAAGCGUUCUGUUUGCUUUAUGACGCUUACAAUCACCAGGAGCGUCUUCCGCCUCUAGAAUCCCUCGUGCUCUCCGAGCUGCCGUUCCCCUGUUUGAUCUCAGCUUUCUCUCUGGCCUUCCUCCUUCUUACUCUGCGUUUGCGCAUGCAUCUCUCACUUCCACUUGCUAUCUCCACUUCCUUCUCUGUAUUACCCAAACCUUGUCUUUUUCUAUUCAUAUCCAUGUUGCAUUUUGGAGUCUCUUUGGGAUGUGUUGGAUUGCUCCAGCUCUUCCAAAGCCUACCCAUCAUGAUCCUCCUAUUCCCUCAAGGUUUGUUUGUAUGUCUCACCAUCUUUCUCUCGAGCUCCUACCUCAUUUUUUACUGCCUAAUACAAAUCAAUACUAAGCACAUCUACAGGUUGAGUGACAAUGCUGAAAGUGGAGGAUCUCCUGAAGUGACGAGCUCUGAAAGUUGUCCCUUUGCCAAACUGGAGGACUGGGAUAGAGCAGCUGGAGCUGGAGUAGGAGCUGCGUUGUGUUUGUUGGCUUGUGGAGGCCUACACCUUUAUGGGAUCCUGCAUGCCCUUGGUGUCGGUGGGGUUGAUGGCUAUGGGUUCCAUCCUUGGCCUUGGUGGGGCUAUCAGGUUGGUUGCAGAAUCUGUGAGGUUGGGGUGUGUCUAGGUCUGUGCCUCAUUGGCUCACACCCUAUAUUCUGUCACAACUACUCCCCUAUAAAGACUCGUCCUCGGCCUGGAUCCUGGUCUCGCCUGUCCUGCAGUUCCCCUACACGAGGGUUUACCCUGCCCUCUCAUGCAGGUGCUGAUUCUCCUGUCCUCACCUCUCACGAUUCCUGGUCCCAGAGUAAGCAGGAGAAGCUUGUGGUCUGUGAUGUCAUCACCAAAGAACAGUUGGAGGCUCUUCCUCUUUGCCAAAUGCUAGAUCCUCCUGGAAAUAGGGUGCUCUGCCAGAAUCGAACUACUGUGCUUCCUCUACCAACACCCCCAAGCCCACCACACAAGGCUAAAAAUACAAUAGAUUCCCAGGUAUCAUCACUGGAUAGCUUGGGUCUAGAGACUGACUCCACUGUGGACCUACGCCCUCCAUCUCCCAUAAAUCUGUCCCGAAGCAUUGACCAAGCUCUGUUCAGUGAAUCCUUAUUCUCUCAUAGCAUAUUUGGUUUGCCAAGGCUGUAUAACGCUUCUUCAAGUCUAUCUCUGAGCUCUCCAAACCAAAAUACAUCAAACCAUGGUCCUGGUUCUAUGGAAAAUCCCUUCUACCGAGCAUCUUCGUGUGGCGACGUGAAUCAGGAGAACGGCCUUUCCACUUCGCGACCUUCCCAGCCACGUGGCUCUUUGACAUCUCCCGGCAAGUCUCCAGAGCAAUGGGAUUGGAAAGAAAGUGUUUCAGGGUCAACGCAGGGUCUGUGCAGCAAUCCCAGGGAAACAGCAAAGCUGCGGUCGCAUUCCUGGGCUAACAGAGGGCAAAACUUUGCUCAGAGCAGUCUCCCUCGAGCGAUCCCUCACCUCUCGUACCACAGGCGUUACCGAACGCUGAGUUUAGCUUCCCAAGACAGCCAGGGAUCGGGCCGACUUGCAGGGACUAAACGUCUGAGUGAAAGCAAGCAGCUCGAGUGGGAUCUGGCUGUGCAGGCAGAGUUUGUCAAUGUCUGUAGACAAAUUGAUGCCCUGAGCGUUUGCAGUGAUACGAUCGAGUUAUAAUAGGAUUUAAGACCUGAGGCUUCAUCUGUUUUUAGCCAUGUCACUAUGAAAAUGCUUUUAAAAUACAGGUAAAUGAUAACUUUGAUCGUAUGUACAAACUUCUUUGACAUUUAUGAAUUCUGAAUGAUUGCUGCAGAAUUAAACUGUUAUUAGGAGGUUAAUAUUUUUUAAUUUUUGUCUAAAUACCUUAAUAAUUUGCUAGCCUGCAGCUAAGCAGUAAACAGAUUUGGAAACAUGGGAACAAAGACUUUGACCUGCAAUGCGUUUCCCACAGAGUGUGUGUGUGUGUGUGUGUGUGUGUGUGUGUGUGUGUGUGUGUGUGUGUGUGUGUGUGUGUGUGUGUGUGUGUGUGUUGUUUCAGUGUUAUGUAAUAUACCUGGUACUUUUAUACACACAGCAUGAGUUAACAUUUCCUGCUUGGCCAACGUGCUUAGUGAUGUUUAUGGAAGCUUUUUCCUCAUCCAGUGUGAGGUUAAUGGUGACAGUUUUUUGUUGAUUUGCCAAGGUUAGAACUCAUGGUUACACGUUACUGAGAGUUAAAUGUGGAAAUGAGUGAAUCUUUACUGCACUGCCCUCUAGUGGUAAUGUAGAAGGUUAUCUCUACAAAGGUCAAGAAUAUUAACUGCUUUGUUUCUUAUCCCUGACAAAAAAGGCGAAAAAAUGUGACAUAUGUCAAUCUUUGAUGAUCUUUAUUCACACAGCACUAUUUACAUUAUAUGUCAGUUUGGAGAUUUACUACACAUGAUGGUGAAGCUGUACAGAAAAAAAAUUACAAAUGAUUUUGUUAACGUUGUGUACAAGUAAAUUCAUUUACUUGUUUUGCAAUGUACUGCAAUAUAAGAUCUCAUAACCAUGAUCUGACAGAAAGUAUGUUUCAAGACUAAUAAAAUAGCUUCAUAAUUAA